CGAUUGGUUCGUGAGAUCGCACAGGACUUCAAGACUGACCUCCGAUUCCAGUCGUCCGCUGUUAUGGCUCUUCAGGAGGCAUCUGAGGCUUAUUUGGUCGGACUCUUCGAAGACACCAAUCUGUGCGCCAUUCACGCCAAGAGAGUGACUAUUAUGCCCAAAGAUAUCCAAUUGGCCCGUCGUAUCCGUGGCGAGAGAGCUUAAGACACCACUUAUACAAACAAACGGCCCUUUUUAGGGCCAAUACAUACCUGUCCACUAAGAACAUGAUUAUCAUUAUUGCCUUACUUUUUAUAUCCAUUCAUAUCAUGUCUUUCAGUAUUUAAUUUAUUACUUUUA